UCGCGCGUGGAUGUGUGGUACACGAUCAUCGCCUCGGGAUCGCUGCCGGGCUUAAGCUUAAGAGGGACGGCCUAGCGGAGCGAAAGUGUGGCCACCGCAGUAUCUCCACGACACGACGUCCGGCUGGUGGUCAAGCAGGACGAGGCGCGCCCUAUCGAACCACCGAAAGUGUUGAGGAAGCACCGAAAGCGCUCGUACCGGUUCCUGGGAGCUCUGUUGCGUCCUGUCCAAAAAUAAGUGUGUCUUGUGCAAUCGAUCGAUCGAACGAAAGCGAACGGUGUUGGUGCUUGGCUCAACCACGACGAACAGCUGUGAUACUCUCGAUCCUUCAAGGUGUCGCUCCUACAGGGUGUCGUGCUUGUCCGCCAGCGAUCGAUCGAGACAGAAUCGAAUCCUCCCGAGUUCCGCACCAUGGAUUUCCUUCAGCAGAUGAAUCUCACCGACUUCACGAUCUACGAUCUGUUCAACGUCAAGGGUGUCGAGGAACACAUCGACGAGUACCCUUUGAUGGCAUCGCCAGUACCGAGCACCAUCCUGAUUGCCAUAUACCUCUACUUCAUCUACAAAUACGGCCCAAGCUAUAUGGAAAAUCGGAAACCAUACAAUCUGCGCUGGAUCAUCGCGGCGUACAAUAUUUUCCAAGUGUUUGCAUGCACCUUCCUGGUGCUGAAUUACAUCAAGGUAGGGUUCAAGUUCCGGUUCAUCGGUAGAUGCACACCCAAGCUGCCGGUGACGGCGUAUGAGCACGGUCUGGAUGCAGUGUACUACGGGUGGCUCGCGAUGUGCCUCCGGUUGGUUGAGUUCAUCGAGACGGUGUUUUUCGUGUUGCGCAAAAAGCAGAACCAGGUGUCGGCGCUACACGUGUACCACCACAUCAGUACUUUCCUCAUCGUUUGGUGGAGCCUGAAGCUGAGUUUGUCGUAUCAGGAGAUGUCCAUCAUGGUGCUCAACUCGAUCGUGCAUAUCAUCAUGUACUCGUACUACUUUCUGUCGUCGUUCAAAGCCUGCCAACCGCUCACGGGCCGCAUCAAGCCGGCCAUCACCAUCAUACAGCUGGCGCAGCUGGUCACGAUGCUGGUGCACGUCCGGGCAGCCCUUCAGCCAACGUGUGCGGCCAACAAAACGAUCUACAUGCUUCACGCCGUCAAUCUCGUCAUCCUGAUCAGUCUGUUCACGAACUUCUACAUCCAGACGUACAUCCGAAAGGCGCGGAAGCUAAAGGCGCAUUGAAGGGGGAAAGCAGUGGAGGACCGUUUUCUUGGGACCGCAGGAUCCGGUGCAUUAAGGAAACAAUGGGGGCACGGCGGGACGGGACUGGACGGGAUAACAUGGGCUUUCGGUUAUUAGAAAGUAAAAGGUUACAACAAACACACUACGGCACACCAUCGCUCCGGCGCACGCCAAACACGGAGCUCUAGUACUUUUGUAAAGAUUGUUUAUUUUCUGUUUUCUCCUUCUACGGUCCCCUAUCACCUUUUGCCAACGGUGGAAUUUUCAUUUGCCAACUUCCGCACAGCCCUCUUGCAGUUUUGCCAAUGCUUGCACGUUCGCCGCGUGUGCAAGACCGUCGAAAGGGCGGCGGGCGUGAAAGUGAUUUUCUUAGUGGUAAAUAUUUAUUUUUGCAUAUCACAGAGCCGUGUGUGUCAGCUGACCGUGUGCGGCCGUGACACUGUCACUGCUCGCUCAACGAACCUUAUAACCCCACCGCCAGGCGGCCGUGGGGCUAGUGCAUGUCUUGGCAUAACCUGAAUAAAGCAGUGUACAGAGCACGGCAAAUACAUGUCGCCGGGUUUGGUAGCGAAAAGAGCUCAAAAGAUAAGAGAAAGAAUGAAGCGAACAGUGCAGAAUCGGAAGGAAGAAUCGUAGGCCGUGUUACUGUACACGUUAAUCGGUAUCAUCCCUAGCAUGGGCUGAAUGCUUAUCUCGUUUACCAAGUGUAGCUACGGUUUCUUAUCGUAUGAUGCAGGAAAUCGAUCACCAGAACCACGCUGAUGACGACCCGUAACGAUUUUAACACACGCCAGCCGUUCAGUGACAUACAAAGUAGCUCCGGUUAUCGGGGUAAAACUGAAGAAAACUGAGCCACUGAAAUGCAACAAUAAACG